GUUAUAUAUAUAUAUAUGGAAAUUGAAGAAGAAGGCCUAAUAAAGAUGAAGUCAAGGUUUACACGUAUCUGUGUCUUCUGUGGCACCAGCCCUGGCAAGAACCCUAGCUACCAACUCGCUGCAGUCCAACUCGGCAAACAACUUGUGGAGAAGAAGAUCGACUUGGUUUAUGGAGGAGGGAGCAUUGGGUUGAUGGGGCUAAUCUCACAAGUGGUGUUUGAUGGUGGACGCCACGUGUUAGGGGUCAUUCCCACAACUCUUAUGCCCAGAGAGAUAACUGGAGAAACAGUAGGAGAAGUUAGAGCAGUAUCAGGGAUGCAUCAACGCAAAGCAGAAAUGGCUCGACAAGCUGAUGCAUUCAUUGCUCUCCCAGGUGGAUAUGGCACUCUGGAAGAACUGCUUGAAGUUAUCACUUGGGCUCAACUAGGAAUCCACGAUAAACCCGUAGGGUUGUUGAACGUGGAUGGCUACUAUAACUCGUUACUGUCAUUCAUGGACAAUGCUGUAGACGAAGGUUUCAUUACACCAGCUGCCCGUGACAUUAUUGUCGCUGCCCAAACUGCCCAAGACCUCAUGUCGAAGCUUGAGGAAUAUGUGCCGAAGCACAGUGGUGUGGCACCGAAGCUGAGUUGGGAGACGGACCAACAGUUAUAAAGAGAUAACAUAUUUUCUCUUUGGAAAAUAGCUUUCUCAAUACAUUUUGUAUUUUCUUAAUUACCAACAAAUUAUGAUCAAUACAAGAAAAUUUCCGUCAUUAUA